AGUCAUGGAAAAUUAUUUAAGAUUUACGGUAUAUUUUUAAAAGAGAAGAUCUAUUUUGGUAUAUUUCGUAUUUUAUCGAUAGAUCCCCGGAAAACACAGUGUGUCCUUGUGUAUUGUUUUUGUGUGUUGAAAUUACAAUGUCAAACGUAGGCAAAAUUCGACUUAAAUCCUUUGAAGAGCUUCAAGCUUCAACCGACAUAAACGUAAGCAUAGCUAAAUCAGUCAAAGUCGAUGAGAAAACACCUGAGAAGAAAAAAGCGGGAAAAACUACUAGUGCUACAACCACGAGAAAAACCAAAUCGGAUGUGGAGAAACAUAACGCUCUUAUCGUAACCAAUACUACUGUCAAACGUUCCUCGAAGAAAACGACCCUGCCUGGACAAUUGCGCAUCGAUUCAUUCUUCAAAAGUAGCUCGAAAAGCUUAAAAGUGGAGAACACAGCACAGACGUCGCAACGGAAGAUUGCGCCAAAGGCGCACAAAGGACGCAAGCGCUUGUUUGACGAGAAGACUGCCACAACGUCCAGUGAUAUGUCGAAAAUGAAGCCACAGGUCCAAAAGCGUGUCCAGCCGCCGCGCAAGUCAAAGGGCAAGGAGAAUACAAGUAUGACCGAGGCGAAUAUUGUUGAUCUCUGCUCAGAGUCGGAGUCCUGCGAGUCUGACGACAUGAAAAGCGUCAAGAUGGAACCGCCACCAGAACCCAAAAGCCCCAAAGUUCCGCGGAUAGAAAACGAGCCGUGUCCACCUUCGCCAAUGGCUUCAAAUCCCAGUGAAUUAUUUCUUGGAGAUGUAUCCAUUAAAGAAAAUCUGCUCAGUCAGUCCUCGUCAGCCGCCACAAAAAGUACUUCAGUAGAAGGGAAUGCUUCUCCAGUUGAAGCAACAAAUGUAAUUACCAAUGAAAAGGAUGCCCUAGCAUCCGGUACGCCACCGCCAAUGCCCAAUGAAAUCGUUUCCAAAGCUAAAUCGCCAGACACUGCAAAUGCUUCGUCUGAGAAAAGUGUCUCCACAGGACGUGGGAAGAGGGCGCCCAAACCUUGUCCGCCCUAUAAAGUUGUUGAGGGCACACACUUUUGUGUCGAUGGCUUCCAGUUUGGCGCCAUACCCGGAGUGACAAAUUAUUUCCUAAGCCACUACCAUGCAGAUCAUUAUAUUGGUCUGACCAAGACGUUUACAUUUCCACUCUUCAUGAGCCCCACAACGGCGCGCCUGGUGCGUGCCUUCAUAAAAAUAGACGAUAUGUACAUCCAUGAGAUUGAUGUGGAUCAGACAAUCGUGGUGGAAAACAUCGAGAUCACCGGUAUAGAGGCAAAUCAUUGUCCGGGCGCUCUUAUGUUCUUUUUUAGGCUGCCCUCUGGGCAGUGCAUUCUUCAUACGGGCGAUUUUCGUGCCAGCUUUGAAAUGGAAUCUCUACCGAUAUUUUGGAACAACAUCGACAUUGAUCUGCUCUAUUUGGACACGACAUAUCUAUCUGAAAGCUACGAUUUUUGCCACCAGACCGAAAGUGUCAGUCGUUUGUUGCAUUUAGUGCAGAACUUUCAUGAAAGAAACCCAGGAAAACGCAUACUUUAUGUUUGCGGUGCCUAUGUGAUAGGAAAGGAAAAAAUCUGGCUGGCUUUGGCCAAAAAAUUCUGUUUGAAAGUCUGGACGGAAGCGCAUCGUCGCGUUGCCAUAGAUUGCCUGGAGUGGCCGGAACUGCAAACGCGCAUGACUGCCGAUCCAUACCAAGCCAAUUUGCAUGUCAUAGCCAUGGGAAAAGUUGGAUACUUGCAUUUGUCAGAGUACUUCACACUAUUCGAAGAUCAAUACGACAUGCUGCUGGCCAUUCGUCCCAGUGGCUGGGAGAAGAAGAGCAAGCCCUCCUAUGGGAAGCGCAUCAGCACCAUUGGCAUCGAGUACUCGGAACAUUCCAGCUACAAGGAGCUAGAGCGCUUUGUGCGUUUCCUCAAGCCCAAGCGGGUUAUCAGCACGGUUCCGGUGGGCGGUGAUCUCUUCGUAACUGGAAAGGUGCCACCCAAAUGGCAUAAUUUCAAAGGACGUCUGUCUAUGAUGCCUAGAAGAUAUCAACCAUCAAUAACGACGUUUAUGGCCACACCCAAACGUAUUGUUCCGCCAUUCAAAGGAUCAGGAACCGAAAUGGCAUUGAGCCCAGUGGAUGAAAAGGAUUCUGAUGAGGGGAAAGGUGUCGUACCUGAUCAUGUAACCAUUUCAUCUAGCACCUCGGAAGAAGUCGGAGGUAAACCGACAGAAGAAGCACAAGAUGAAGCCAGCAAAGACGUUGCUGACAAAAUCAAAAGUCCGGUCAAGUCGAAGCCCAGUGAGGGUAAUUCAUCCAUACUCUUAAGAGUCACCUCAGAUGCAUCCGAUGAUUGGCUCCGAUGACUCCUCAGAAUAUUCUUAAAUUUUUUCUGUAAUUAAUAACUUGCUUGUUCUGUUCUCAGGAAAGUUUUUUCUAUUCAGGGGAGUGAUCUUUAUAGAGUACACUUUUUAUAUAUUUGCAACUUGCUAUUAUAUAUGUAUAUAUUCCACUAAAUCCAUCUUAAUAUUCAAAUAGUUCCAUAUGUGUGUGCAGGCUGCAACCUUCCCUGCAACUACUCCCCGUACAUUCUAUAAUAAAUUAAAUUAUAGUUUAUAUAUGUAUUAAGAAAUAACUAAAGAUAGCGUAUAAGUAUAAGUAUAAAU